GUCUCUAUGUGGCGCCCUAUCGGUAGAUGAUUCUGGUGAAAUCUCAGAAAUUUCGUAAGUAUGAGACGAAAAGCUCUGCCGGGCCCCUGGAAUGGAACUCGAAGACCAGGUUUCCGGAACAGACGGAACGGAGCCCGGGCGUACAUAAUUUCCGGAAGGGCGCAGGCGGUCCUCUCGACGGUCCUGGAAGGCAUCAUCGAAGAAGCCCUCGAGGAUGCGAAAAAUCUGGCGAAAAGCGCCGGAAAAAACUGGGUCUCUCGCGAGGACAUGGAGAAGGCCCUGAAGAAGCUCUGUCUCCGUUUCCGAGGCACGUCUAACGCGACCGGAAGUCCAGACGAGUCCGGCGAUUGCCAAGCGGAACGUCCCGACCAGCAACAGCUGAUGCAGGAAGAGGAGCAACGAUCCUUGCAAGACGAGCAACAGCAGGAAUCCGUGGCAGAAAAUCCCUUCGACUCGUCGCCGACCCCGUGA